UAUAAUAUCGAAAUUCUCUCGAUGUCGUUAGAAUGAUGUUUGACUUUGAAUGUCAAAUGUAUUUCAUCUACAAAAUACAUAAAACUUUACAGGGUCAAAUCCUCUAAAUGCAGUUACAGGUAGCUCACAUUUCAGUGUCGUGUCUAAUGAUAAUUAAAACAGCACUUAACAAAACCAAUAAUGGUGUUCACACAAGUAGUAUCUAUCAAAGACAAAGCACCUGGAACCAAAGUAUAUAAUUAUGCUGAUUCAUUUUGGUGUACAUAUAUUGUGUCUGUGGUGGCUGCCAGUGUUGCAGAAAUAUUGACAUAUCCAUUGGAUUUGACCAAGACCCGUCUGCAAAUACAAGGUGAAGUGGCUUCUACCAGUAAACCUACACAAUAUAGAGGCAUGAUAAAAACAGCUAUUGGCAUUGUCAACGAAGAAGGAGCACUAAAAUUAUGGCAAGGUGUGACGCCUGCACUCUAUAGACAUGUAGUGUAUUCUGGUAUUAGGAUUGUAUCGUACGAAACCAUGCGUGAUAAAUUAUUAUUAAAAAACGAAGAUGGAUCAUUUCCAAUUUGGAAAUCAGCCAUAAGUGGAGUCCUGUCUGGUGUAAUUGCUCAGUACGUUGCUAGUCCAGCUGAUUUGAUCAAAGUUCAAAUACAGAUGGAAGGCAAACGACGUCUGAUGGGAGAGCCUGCUAGAGUGUUAAGUGCAGCACAUGCGUUCAAAAAAAUAGUGUCUGAAAGUGGUAUCCGUGGUUUAUGGAAAGGUUCAAUACCCAAUGUACAGCGUGCUGCUCUAGUGAAUCUUGGUGAUUUGACUACUUAUGAUACAGCUAAGCAAAUAAUUAUGCACAAAACUGGGUUACCUGAUUCGCAUCUUCUACAUUGCCUUUCUAGCAUAUGUGCUGGAUUAGUAGCAGCUUCAUUAGGAACUCCAGCAGAUGUUGUAAAAACACGUGUUAUGAAUCAACCAACUGACAAAAAUGGAAUUGGUUUGAUAUACAAAGGAUCUUUGGAUUGCUUGUUUAAAACUAUUGAAAAUGAAGGGUUUUUUGCUCUUUAUAAAGGAUUUUUACCUGUUUGGAUUAGAAUGGCACCCUGGUCAUUAACUUUUUGGAUGAGUUUUGAACAAAUACGCCAUAUGCUUGGUGCUACUGGGUUUUAGAAAUGACAGAGUAUAAUCAUUAGAUCUCAUUUUUAUUAUGUUUUUGAUCUUUUACAAUAGUUUUAAAAUAUGUUAAGAUGUUUAUUUUCAAUAUCUAUAUCUUCUGUGAUUGUAUAGAAAGUUUAGGUUAUGAACAUAACGCUACACAUAAUUUUUCUUGUAGAGUCUAAAUAUUGACUUCCGUAAAAAUACUAUGAAUUACAAUAUUAAGUAAAUUUAAUGAUAAGACAUAACAUUAUAACAAUAUCAUUAACAGUCCAUCUUCAUCAAGCAAAAAUUUUGUUUAUAUUUCUGUUACUGCAGGUUAAAUAUAAAAUUAGUAAGUUUGUUU